AUGCAUUUUUUCCAUCUUCUAGCCGCAUUUCUUUCCCUCGUUCAUUUGGGGACAGCAAUUGCAAUUCGAAGUGCGCCAUCAUAUUCGGAUGAUUUGGCGAGGAAGCGUUUCUGGCCUCUUUGUGCUGCUGCUUACACAAAUCCGACGAAAUGCAUUGAUAAAUGGUUGAAUGCUCAGCUAAUUCGUCAGUUGACUCUUCCGUGUGAUGAGAUUUUCAAAAAUGAUACUUGCAGUGGUUAUACAGCUAUUUCACCGACUCUCCGAGUUAUUGCACUUGUUUUUCGAGGUACAACAACUGAUGGACAGCUCUUUGCCGAAGGAGUUGAGAGUCUAAAACCGAAUCAACAACUCGGAAAAGGCUAUGUUGACGAGUAUUUCUACAACGGUUUUAUGAAACUUUGGAAUGCAGGAAUGAAAGACGAUUUCCUCGCUCAACACUCUCGCUAUCCCAACUAUGACAUUUAUAUAACCGGACAUUCAUUGGGUGGUGCAAUGUCAACAAUUGCCGUCAACUAUCUCUCGAUAAACUAUGAUAUUCCAACAAUUUAUCAUAUGACUUUUGGUGAACCUCGUGUUGGUGAUUCGGCUUUUGUUGAGAUGCACGACGCAAGGUUUGGUGGUACGACCGGGUACAGCUAUCGAGUUGUUCAUCAGAACGACAUUGUCCCACACAUUCCACCCCAGCUCUUUAGCUAUGAACAUCAUAAAACCGAGAUUUGGUACGACAAUGACAUGAAAACAGCUGAUUACAAGACGUGUUCCAUGGAUGAAAGCUCAGAUUGCGCGAAUUCGGUACCAGCACUUCACUACAAUAUCUCUCAACAUGACACUUAUUUCGGAGUCGAGUUUCACGAUUGGAUCGCCAAUGGAUGUCAACAAGCUUUA